UUCGAAUCUAGACAUAUCGCGUUCAAGGUUACGCCUCGCAUGCAAAUACGCGAUUACUUUGCGCAACUCUCGUCCAUCUCUUCCGCCGCGAAUUUAUCGGCCCCGACGACAGAAGCGUUAGACGUACGAGCGUCGAUUUGUCGACGAUGAGAAUUAUUUGGCACAGCGCGAAGCGAAUCCACGGAGAAUAACGGACGAUUAUCUCGCGGGGUCGACGCAGAGCGACACUCGCCUCGCUUCUACAACGACAAAAAACGGAUGAUUCUCCCUCCGUACACCUUGACAUUAAUUUACAUCCUCGGUAAUCCUUAAUUUACAACUCCAACGAGUUCUCCGGGGGUACGUUAGGUAACCAGCCAGCUAGGUAGGUAGGUAGGUAGGUAACGAACAGCACCAUCGGUAGCUUCGCACAGAAAUUGGCACGGUAGUGCACCCACACCGCCAAGCAUAAAAGUGGUAAGUAGACGUAGGUGAGGAAGUCGCGGGAGAAAGAUGGAGAGAGGGGACGUGAACGGGAUGGCAGCGGAUGGAAGAAAGCGGAGGAGGAUGUGCGAGGGGGUUGGUGAGGGUGAGGAUUCGACAGACACCGCGAGCAGAGAUAGGGAUAGGGGCUGUGGCUGGGGCCGGAUAGUCGGACUUUACCGAGAGAUAGAUAGAGAGAAAAAGAAAGAAAGAGAGAGAGAGAGAGAGCGAUCGCCCUCACAGCUCGUGGUGGUGGAUGCCGGUGGUGCUGGUAGGGGCUGGUGGACUCCGGGACAGCCGUGGUGGGGACGAAGAGGGAUGAAGAAGGGAGGAGAGCAGCGACGUGGAGGGUGGACGGAGGUCGAGAGUCGCGGGCUGCCUCACUCUGCGGCUCCCGCCGCUCGGGAGCAGACACGCGGGGCCAAAGACUAAUUUGAACUAUUUUAUUAACAAAAACAAUACAUAUUUGUAAAUAACACUACUAACAACACGAAACAGCAACAACACAUUUCUCCUAUAAGGACUCUCUUUAAAACCUUACCUUACACCCGUAAGACAACCGCCUGUUGUAAAAAAAGAAAGAAGGGUAAAGAAAGGAAGGAAGACAUACGUGGUGAACGAGAGCGCGUGGCCGUAGAGAGAGAAAGAGCGAGCGAGAGAGCUUGAGAGGAAGGGAGAGGGAGAGGGCGAGACGUGCAACGAGGUAAUUUCCAUUUCCGGUUUCUUUUUUCCGAAGGCAAACGUGUUUGCAACACACGCGCACACAAGCAGUACACAGUAAACAAGAAACAAGCUACAAAAGAACGAUAGAAAAAUCUAUUUUCUCAAGUUAUUCCUCGUUCGGACGGGUGCGCGACGCGAAGUGAAGAGGACUAGACGGAGAUGUGAACGCGAGGAAGGGCGAGAUAUCGUAAAAUAGCGCGCGUCGACUGCUACGGGACGGGAUAAUCGCAUUUUAAGUUCCCUCUGUACUCUGUGUGACCCUUACAUUAUUUUGUCCCCCCGAUGGGGACGGGUUCAGUGUUGUAACUUAGGAUAUAAGAAGACUAAAAAGAGCUCCGGAGCGCACAACAAAAAGGGAGAGCAAGGAGAGACUGGAAUUCUGCGAGAAAUAAGAAGAUACAGAUAUAUCGAGACAGAAAAAAAAAGAGUGUGUGGUAGUGACCGGAAACGCGCCCACAUCAGGGAACGUUUAUACGGAAACGAGAGGAGAGAAUCCGGAGCAAUCCGAGGCGCAAUCAACAAUCAAGGGAGGGAGGAGGAAGCGACGAGAGAAAGGAAGGUUCACGAAGAGAGGGAUAUAGCUCGUGUAGAAAAAAACAAAGGAGCUCCAAUUUUUUAUACUAGAGGAAGAAUCUAACCAAAAAAGCGUAAGAUAGAGAGAGAGAGGGGGAGAGAAGGAAAGUCAGGAAAAAGGAGGAUCGAUCCUGUUUGUGUUUCCGCGUGCACUUUCACGUGUAUCCUUUCGCUACGAAGGACGAAACUGCGAGAACUUUAAUCCUUGAUCUCUUGGAAAUCUGUCGUGCGAAGGGGAUAAGAGACGAUUGUCAGGGGAUCCAGGGGACCGAUCGCGGCACGUUUAUGACACAGUUGAUCGAUAUCCGGUCUGAAAUCGCGUAAUCCGACUCGCGUGCACGCUCCUUUGGGAGGAUAUGUCUUGCCGUUCCAGAGGGAGUCAUCAUUCGGGAGAGCAAUCCUCGCAACGUCGAUCCGAGUGCCGUUCUUGCGUCCUGGAUCCCGCGACCAAGCUGAUCAAGCUGUCCUGACGAAAAGAGGAUAGUCCCCUCAGCUCGUCUCGAUCGAAGAAGCGCGAUCAUCGGCAAACGGCCGUCAUAUCAGAUACGCAAUUGUCCACCAAGCACGUCACGGGGCCUCCGCGAAGAAGAGCCCGCUCAGGGAUGCCCGCCAGGGCCCAGCUACGCUCCCGUCUCCCCUACGUUCAAGGACGAUGACGAUCGGCCACGGCGAUCGGUAAGAACCGAGCAGCGCGAACACGCGCCACCACCACGGAGAUGGCGGGCUACAAUCAUUCGAAUCCACAGCGUGUCGUCUACCACGCGACCUACCCGACGCCCCUCGCCCCAAACGGCGACCCGAUAAAGCUUCCUGAAAAUCUGGAAACCUUGCCGCGAGCUGAACACUUUCCAACUCAGAGGCAUCGAUGGAACACCAAUGAGGAAAUCGCGGCCAUCCUGAUCAGUUUUCAGAGACACGCCGAAUGGCAAAGUCGGGAGGUAAAAGUACGACCACGAAGUGGUUCGAUGUUACUGUACUCGAGAAAGAAAGUACGCUACCGACGAGAUGGUUAUUGCUGGAAGAAGAGAAAAGAUGGAAAGACUACACGGGAGGAUCACAUGAAACUGAAGGUCCAGGGAGUCGAGUGCAUCUACGGCUGUUACGUGCACUCGGCUAUCCUUCCGACGUUUCAUCGCCGGUGUUACUGGCUACUACAGAAUCCGGACGUUGUUCUCGUCCAUUAUCUGAACGUUCCUUAUCCGGACGGCGAUGCGAAGCUGGCGGCCCUGCCACCCUGUCUCGCGCUGCCACCAGACAAGAAGGAAUGGACGCGAGACGAGCUCGCGUCUCAAUUAAGGCCCAUGUUCCUCGGCGGAGAUGAUGAUCCAAACAAUCCUCAUCUCACGCAACACUCGAACCAUCCCGUCGACAUGAUAGUCUCUCAGCUGCUCGACAGGCAGAGGGCAUCUUCUACUUCCUCCACCACCAGCACUCAACUCGCACCUAGGAGACUUACGCCCGACAAUCAGGUCUCUUCGACAACGGGAGGUCAGCAACCGUCGACGACAGCGGCUCCGGCUCCCCGUGUGUAUUCAAGACAUUCCCAUUCCACUCAGAGCCAACAGCCGGCUCCUCUAGUUUUAAGUUUGCAACAAAUUCAAGGCGGUGGUGGUCUUCUGAUACUCAACAGUCAACCAUAUCAUCAUCAGCAGCAACAGCAGCAGCAGCAACCUCAGCAGCAGCCGCAACAACCGCAGCAGCAGCAAUCGCAACAGCAGCAACAGCAGCAGCAGCAGCAGCAGCAAGUAGAGAUGCAACAGGUCACGGAACAACAACUCGUGCCACAGACCAGCGUAGAUCGAGAGCAGCAGACGCAACAAGAGAUCGAGGCACAGGAAAACAUGGACAGAUCCGGCGUGCAAUCUCUACCGAUCGGCGGUUCCGGCUCCGAGGUGACCGAUUUCGCCGAAACGUUGGAUCUGAGUCAGGAGGACAUUCAGAAGACAUUGUCGGCUAAUAUGGUACCUCCAUCGCCGUCGCCGUCGCCGGCGGAUAACAGCAUGAUCAAUCCGAUGGACUUUAUCGACUCGUCGGACGACGUGCUGGUCAAUCUAGACGCGUUCGACGUGUUCGGCGAUUUGCCAGAGCUGCACGACUUCGAGGCCGAUCAAACGAAGCACGAGGAACAGCGAGGUGGUCCCGAGAACGACGUCGGAUGUCAUCCUGGUACAACCGUCCAUAUUGCAGAGUAUAGUCCUGAAUGGAGUUACACCGAGGGUGGUGUAAAAGUAUUAGUUGCUGGUCCAUGGACCGGCGGUAGUGGUUCUCAAUCAUAUUCGGUACUUUUCGACGCGGAACCGGUUGAGGCGUGCCUCGUGCAACCGGGUGUAUUGCGCUGUCGAUGUCCGGCGCACGCACCAGGAAUAGCGUCCCUCCAGGUGGCAUGCGACGGAUUUGUCGUGUCCGACAGCGUUGCCUUUGAGUAUCGUAGAGCGCCGACGAGCGAACCUAGCCCAGAGAAAGCUUUGCUGGAUCGCCUUGCGGACGUCGAGGCCCGUUUGCAAGGUCCCGGUCCGCCAUCUCCCGCAGCACAUCUGGAAGAGCGACUGGUUGCUUAUUGCCAGGAUGCUGUUGUCCGUCCUUGGCGAGCUGGAGCGGAACCUCUUCAAUCCGGUGGGCCUACCCUUCUGCAUCUGGCGGCCGGAUUGGGAUACUCCAGGUUAGCCUGUGCACUCCUUCACUGGAGAGCGGAAAAUCCUAGUAGCGUUUUGGAUGCCGAAGUCGAUGCUCUCAGGCAGGAUAGCGCCGGUCUCACGCCGCUUGCUUGGGCUUGCGCGGCAGGACAUGCCGACACCGCCAGAAUUCUUUACAGAUGGAAUGCUAUGGCGCUUCGCGUGAGGGACUGUCAGAAUAGAACAGCGACCGAACUGGCCGCGGAAAACGGCCACGCGGCAAUCUCCGAAGAACUGAAUCAGCUCGAAGCCCGAAGGCAAGACGAGAGGCUCUUCUUGCGACCCGCCAGCCCUAGCCCCAGGAGGCCAUCUCAAGACAGCGGUCUCGAUCUGGCGUUGUGUGGCUCGCCGCUGCUGGACAACAUGGAAUUGUUGCAAGAGGAUGAGUCGUCGUUAGGCCUCAGCGAACAGGGAAUGGAGAGCGCUCCGACCCCUCAGGAGACCGUAGGGGAGGAAGACGCGAGGGUGCUGACAUUGGCAGAGCAAAUUAUAGCGGCGCUACCGGAAAGGAUCAAGAGGGCGGAGGGUGAUUCUCCGUCUUCUUCCUCGCCACCGCCACUCGCGGCACCUCUGUCGCCCUUGGAAGACGCCCUGAUGGAACAAAUGCCUCUCGACUCCGGCGAGCUGUUCGACUCGUAUCGCGACUGCAAUGGCGGCGCUGCCUCGAUUUCGGACGCGGACGCCGACGCCGACGCCAGUCCCUCGAGUCCCUCCAGCAGUUGCCUGACGCCGGACUCGCCGUCCCCGCCGCCCACCACGGCUGACUUCUGCGAGUUUCUGCAGCUGCAGCUGCAUCUCGACGGCAACGGCAACGCGCACAAUGCGUAUUAUUCGCCGAAUGGCGGCGAGCGCAGGUUGAACGGCAUGCUCGGCUCCGGUGCUCUGACGGCUACAGCGAGUGACGGUGGCAGCGAGGCGGAUCUGAGCAGGUUGACGUUGUCCGAUCGCGAGCAAAGGGAGCUCUAUCACGCCGCCAGGAUGAUCCAGAAGGCGUACAGGAACUACAAGGGUCGUCAGAGGCAAGAGGAGGCCGAGAGGCACGCCGCCGUUCUGAUCCAGCAAUACUAUCGUCGACAUAAACAGUACGCUUAUCACAGGCAAGCGACGAGGGCAGCUCUGGUGAUUCAGAACAACUAUCGAAAUUACCGCGCGCGGCCAGGAUCGACCAGCAUCAGGCAACAGGCGGUCCAUCAGCAGGCGGCUCAUCAGGCCGCGCGGAAGAUCCAGCAGUUCAUGCGGCAAUCCAAGAUCAAACUGCAGAACGCCAGGGCCGUCGCAAACGGGAACGGGAGGCCGCCAGCGGCCACUUCACGGGCGGCUGCUGUCCCCCAAAGCUCGCCCUCAUCUAGCCCAGGGGCCAGCCUAGCAGCCGCCAGCCAGGAGGUCACCUAGUUAACUGUCGAUCCAACGGCGCGCAGAAUGGCGACAGUUCGGUAGCGAAGUAACACGCACGGUCGGUGAUGAGGAGACAAAUAGGGAGAAAAAAAAAAAGAAAGAGAGCGACGACCACUCGAACCGUAGGCGUCGUGACGCUCUGAGAGGAGCAUACCUCAUCCUACGAUCUCGAAGUGCGAGAUCGUUAGCGACAAUUACGACUACAACUACUAGAAAAAAAAAAAGACGGGUACCAGACGCUCACGACACGGAUACGCUUUAUUCUCUGCGUCUCUGAUUUGCGUACCCAAAGUGGUUGACUUAUCUAUCUAUCUAUCUAUCUAUCUAUCUUAUCUAUCGAUCUAUCUAUCUAUCUAAAGUCUUAUCUCGUAUAGUUUUGACCUUUUGUCCCUCACACUGAUGAGUUAAGCACCUGGAGCACCGCAUUUUACAUCCUCGAUCGCUCGUUCGUUUCGCUUGUACGUAUCUUUACACUACUACCGCAUUUUCUCCACACGCUCCUGUAUCCUCCUCCGAUCGACACGAGCCAGAAUCGGAAUAGCGUCGGAUCAGAUGAACCUAUCGCGGGAUGGAUUUGCUCAAAAUCCGUACGUGAUCGAUCGACUCGGCAGGCAUACUUGUAGGAUACACGGUUUUAUCUUCUGCUUGUAACAUGUAAGAUUUAUCGAGCGUGUCGCGUCUCUCUACGAGAAACGACGAGAAGUACGUCCGGCACGUACGUCGAUUCCUUGCGACAGCAUCGAAGUCGACGAACCGUUCCCGUGAUAUUUUAUUGGCAUACGUGCGCGCAUGAAUCGAGCUGAAUCGCACAAAAUCGUUGUCGCUUUCGUAGACUCAGAUAGCUCGCGAGCUUCUUGCCACUGGUAGAGAUUCUAUCAAUCCACGGAUCUUUCUCAAACGAAAUAUUUCUUCGCGCGCGCACACACACGGGGCUCUUCGCAGCCGUCGACAUAUUUCUUCUUUCAUGACAGACCAGUCGAAAUCUUUUGAAAUUCGAAAAAUCUUUUUGGGAAUAAGGAGUGCAUAAAUUUUGAUCGAAUUUUGUAUGUUUACAGUUUUAAAAAUUAAAUGUCGUGUCCGCUCUAUGUUGCAAUUUACAUUGAAUCCGUAUUAAAAAAAUUAGAUUAAUGAAUCCCGAUAUCGUAAUUUAGAGUAAUAAAUCUCGAUAUCGUAAUUUUUACAUUACAAGUAAAUAUAUAUAAAUACUUUAAAAAUAAAGACAAUCAGUUAAAAGUUUUUCUUUGUCCGGAGAAUUUUGUUGACGCGUGUCAAUUAUCGUAGCGUUAUACUGUUUACGUCGGAAUAGUUUUUAUCACGAAGAAAUAUUCGAGCAAAGAUUGUUUUUUCCGAUGCGAUGGCAUUCACCGAUCACCAAUGUAAUUUCACUUGCAGUAGAGAAUAAUCUAUUCCCUUUUAUUAAUACUCUUUUAUCAAUUUUUGCUCUCGAGUUUAUUCCUAUAAUUGACUUGUAGACGAAGCUGUGGCUGGAAUUGUAUCGAUGAAAAAGCAGGGACUGGAAAGAAAAAGAGGAGAAAAGCGAACUUGAAGUUCUCCGAACUUAUUUUAUACGUUUAUUCGCACAUGUUAGGCUUCGAAAUCGGUUGACGAUGAUGGAUGAUUGAGCGAACAAAAAAAGUGGCAUGAAAUCGAGUCUAGAAAUAAUAGUGGAUUAUAUUUUAUAGCGAGACGAAUAAAAAAAAAAUAAGACUUGAACGCAUGUAGGGCGAAGGUAAAAAUCUGAGUAUUUGGAAUUACGAAUUGGGACACAAUUAGUGUAUUGACGCUUUACAAGAUUAGGUUUUUCAUUUUCGAUCGGUAUUAUCUGUCUGCGUCCAUUUUUUAUAUUUUUACGAGAAACAUAGUAAUUAAAUUUAUAAGUGCUUCGUACGAAGCUGAACAUCGCAUUUUUCUUAUCGUUCAGCUAUAUCAUAAUCGUGAUAUAAUGCAGCGUCGAGAAUCCAUUGUACAUAUUAGGUGCGAAAAUACUGACGUUCAUUACGUCGCAGGAAACCGGUAUCUUUCGUGUACGAAAUUCAUUUUGCUCGAGACACGAAAAGGUGAACGAAAAAAAAAAAUCUAUACUUUGAUUUUAGAGAAUUUUAGAAAAGGAGCGAGAGAGGAAAAAUGGGGGAGAAACGGGACGAGGAGAAAGCGGCGGUACCACACACGAACGAGGUAGCUACUAGAGGUGAAGGGGAAGGAGUCGAGAAGAAUUUAAAACAAGAGAAAAUAGAGAAAAGAGGAAAAAAAAAUUGAACAGGCCCUUUGUCGAAAGGGUGCAACUUCAUCCACGGGCUGUGCUAGUCACAGUAUAAUCAACUUUGUAGAGUUACUUUAUAGAAUGUAAGCUAGUCGAUUACACAUUGUUACAAAAACUACCUACCGUUUCUCUCUCCGAUAGGGGAUUUUUUUAAAGGUUCUCUAGCGUAAGAUAAUUAGCGAUUAAUUAAGGGCGUAGUUGAUUGCGGUUCGCGCGCGACUUGUCCCGCGUUCAAAGUCUUUGAUCGAGAGGACAAGCGUUUAUUGUGAUAAAUUAAUGGUGAUCCAAGAAAGUAUUUCCGCGCAAUGGGGGACAGGAAGAAACGGAGAAGAGGAGGAAACAAAAAAUGGAAAGGGGGAAAAGAAGACGGACACGUUUCCAUGUGUACGUGGCACGCGACGAUUCUCGCUGAGAUACGUGAGAGACGGAGAUAGACAGACGGACGGACGAAGAUCCGAGCAGCCAAACGUAUGAAUGGCGAAUCGAGAGAUUAUCGCCGCGCGAUCUAUAUCUGUCAGAGGAGUCUCUGUGUGCGUCGCAAACCAAUGGGGGCGAACUGCGAAUUCGAAUUGCCGAAUUUCUCCGGGAGAGUAAUUAAUCCAUAUCGACCCUCUCCUCUUGGGGUAUAUUACGCAGAAUCACAGCAGGUUGUGAGAAUUUAAUAGUGCGACGUAGGAUGCAAAGCGCGCGAGGCGGGAUAUUAUUGCAAUAUAUAUAAUAUAAAUACAUACAUAUAUAUAUAUAUAUACGUACAUGUGUGUGUGUGUAUUUACAUGUAUAUUGUACACACGAGUCAAUUCCAACGAGCAUUUUCAUGCCAUUAAGCUUAAAAAGUUAUUAGUUAUUAAAAUGAUGAGAGAGAGAGAGGUGUGCGCGCGGAAAGGGCGGGGUGAGACGAGGAAAGCGGGGGAGGGAGAGAGGAGGAAGGAUAACAAAUUCUUACACUCUUUUAAUCAUUGUUAAUUAAUUAAAAUAAUCACGAUCCUAUCGAAAUACUUAAACAAAAAAUGAGUAAAAUAAUAUAAUUAUUAUAUACACAAAACUAUUAUAUAUAUACAUAUAUAUAUAUAUAUUCAUAUUUUUGCUUAUUACAUAUUUAAGAAUCUAAUUAUAAAUAAGUGCUAGCGAUUAUAAGCGUAGCGGGCACGAGAGCAUUGACAAUGAGACGCGAUUACGACGAGGGACAAAGUCUCGAGAUACGGAUACUUCGGAUCAGUCGGGCUUGUCGUUGUGCGUGGCAAUCCCAGACAGCACAAAAUGGCCGAAAGAUGUCUCAAAGAUGUCUCUAAAGGACUUUAAGACGUCUUUAAGAUCAUCUUUUUGAUGUCUUUUGGACACGUGUGCUGUCUGGGAAUUUAGACAUUUCGAAUUCGUGGAUAAAAAAAGAAAUGGACGAGAAGAAUCGGCGAUCUCGGCGCGCGGUCUCGGCGAAAGAGGACGAGGCCCCCGGUGCAAAUUCGCCGGGGGCAGAAUGCACUGUCGCUAUUCCGGGGUUUCCACGAGACAAGUCGAAUACAGUAUUUUUUACCCGUGGAACGGCGGACAGAGGGGUGGCCGACACCGCGCGAAUUUCCCACAGUUUCGCCAUUGCUCCGUAUUCGCAUCAAUUAACCACGUACAGGACGGACCCAGCUAAGCGGGGUACUCGUUUGGGCUGAAGAUCGGCGGAAAAGGGGUAGGAGGGAGGGAGGGAGGCCGCUGAAAAAAAAUAAUCUUAAUUAAAAAGACAUCGCUAGGGUAGGCGCUUCGAAGAAUACAUUAAACUUUAAAAAAAAAAAUAAAAGUCAUUUAAUACAAAUUAUUCUCAAAAUAUAAAGAGGUUUAAUAAAAAAGAAAAAGAGAAAAAAAGUAAAGAAGAAAAAUUUUUAAAUUCUACGUAAGAAAGCCAAGAGUCAAAGACGACUAGAUGAUAGGAGCCGCAUGGCCUAACUGCUGCCACUUUAAUUAAUUAAUUAAAUAAUUAAUUAUAACUUUAUUACUUAAUUAAUAUCUCGAUACAACACAGAUGGGAAAUGAUAAAAUGAAAAAAAAAGAAGGAAGGAGAAGAGGAGGAAGAGGAAGAAAUCUAUAACACUACAAACACACUAUCUCAUGCCACUUUUCAAACUACUCUCUAGACGCAGAGACGAAUCAGUAGGUAUAUAUUUAAUAGCGGACUAUUAAGCAAAGAGAUAAAAAAGAAAAAACUAAAGAAGAAUUAAUUUCUCUCCUUGAAAAAAAUGGAAAAAAAAAUUCAGGAAACGAGAUCGAGAUUCGCGCGAGAUAUUUCCAAUUGUCCAAGUCUCCGGAAUCGCACGAAGAAAUUUUCGCGAGCCCGCCGGAUAUUCUCGCCGCGUCCCGCCAAAUCGCGCUCGUCUCGAGAGAGAGAGAGAGAGAGAGAGAGAUAGCGUCUCCGGAAUUCUCCGAAGGGAGACCGGAAGUACGCUUCGACAAAACGGAAAAUCGAGAUUUCGAGAGCGGGUGGAGGGGGAGAGGGGGAGGGGGGCGACGCGCGUCGGCUCGCGACGCGUAUAUCUCGCCGAUAUAAAUAUAUAUAUUCUCGCGGAAGCUCUCCUUCCGUAUAUUUUUUACAAAAUGAAAAGAAAGGGAAAAAAAAACGCGAAAAAAAAAAAAAUCUGGCACGCGGUUCAUCCGGGGCUUAUCGCGCGCGCGUCCGCCCCCCCUCCCCCCCCCGAACCCCCGAUCCCCUCGACGACGACGCGAUGCGGCGAGGGUUGCCUGAGAGGGAAACGGCGAGGGCGCGGGCUGGCAAACUCGAUGUCGAAAGGGUCGAAACGAUCGGGUCGAUGCCCCGUCGAUGUUCAGAUACAGACACGGAGA